CACCCCUCCCCCGCGGCGCAGGCCGCAUAGCGGUGCGCACACGGCGCGCGCGCGCAGGGGAUCGGUAUGCAGAGGAGGGACAUCAUGGCGCCCACCCUCGCGGCCGCGCUGGCGAUGGCUGCCAUGUGGCGCCCGAGUGGCCCCCUCGCGUGCUCCGCCGCUGACCGCGCGCACGUGCCCGUGUCGAUGAGGGAGCGAGGCGGGUACUUGACGAUGGAGCAGCGGAGCUCCUCCAACCCUAAGCGCAAGAAGCCCAGUUCCAGCAGCAGCAGCCGCUCCGACGCCACCACCGGAGCCGCAGGCGCUAUAAGUCCGGGGAGAGAAAUGGACGCCUCCGCCGAAGCUGAUGCCGGCGCCGGCCUUAGGUCGGAGUUCCUCGAGGUCCUGCUCAGCCGCCGCCGCGACCUCCAAGUGCCUCUCUCGGUGGAGCAAGGGAGCCCAGUGAAGGACCCGAUGUACCAAGGGCCUCUGGGGUCCAGGGAGGUGAUGGAUUCGUGCCCAAGGAAAGAAGUGGAGAACUUAAAGGAGAAGCUGGUUGAAGAAAAUUUCUACUUAAUUACUGAGCUAGGUGAACAAGGGCGUGUACCUGUACUUCUGCUGAAACUUAAUGACACUGUCCCUAAACGGAAGCCAGUUAUUGUAUUCUUGCACAGCUCGUACAAAUGCAAAGAAUGGCUGCGUCCACUGCUUGAGGCAUAUGCCUCCAGGGGUUACAUUUGUGUUGCCAUCGACUCGCGCUAUCAUGGUGAAAGGGCCAGCAAUAAAACCACGUACAUAGAUGCACUGAAAUCAGCUUGGCGGAAUGGGGAUACAAUGCCUUUUAUUUUUGACACGGUGUGGGACUUGAUAAAACUUGGAGACCAUCUCAGUGAAAGGGAGGAUGUCGAUCCCUGUAGGAUUGGGAUUACCGGUGAAUCACUUGGAGGAAUGCACACAUGGUUUGCUGCUUUUGUAGAUACACGGUACAGUGUCAUUGUUCCUAUAAUUGGUGUUCAGGGAUUUCAAUGGGCCAUAGAUAAUAACAAGUGGCAAGCUAGAGUUGAUAGCAUCAAGCCUCUAUUUGAAGAAGCAAGAAUUGGUUUAGGAAAGCAUGAAAUAGAUACAGAGGUCAUUGAAAAGGUUUGGGAAAAAAUAGCACCUGGUCUGGACUCACAAUUUGAUGCACCGUAUUCAGUUCCUUUGAUUGCGCCGCGGCCGCUGCUCCUUUUAAAUGGUGCUGAAGACCCUCGUUGCCCAAUUGCUGGUUUAACAGAACCCAAUUCAAGAGCUGCUAAGGCUUAUGGAGAAUCUGGUUCUGCUGAGAAGUUCAUGUUCAUUGCAGAACCUGGAAUCGGCCACCAAAUGACAGCAAAGAUGGUGAAGGAAGCGAGCGAUUGGUUUGAUCGCUUUCUCUAGCGAGGACUGUAUGAAUGGUCAAACCAAUUGUCAGCCCAACUUUUGCCAUACUUCAUGAAGGGAAGGACAAUAAUAUGCUCUAAUAAAUUCCGUCUUUUUCGAUCGCAUUUUGUCGUAUGUGAUUGGAAUCAAUAUAAUCCAGUUUCAAUAAUAUCACUUAGUUUGUACUCUGGUACUCUGUAAGCCUUUAUAAUUGUCAGCCGAAAGAAAUGAAAAAAGAGGGGUGCCAACACAUUUCAUUUA